AUGGACGACUAUCUGGAUAGUCCUAUGGAUGCGGACGAUGUCUUCCCCUGCAAAGGUUGCGGCGAGAUUUUGGAGGAGGGGAAAGCCUUCGAACUUGCCGGUAAUCGAUGGCAUCUGGACUGCUUCCGCUGUAACACCUGCAACACGUUGCUCGACUCGGACGCGAACCUACUCCUACUUGGCGAUGGCUCGCUCAUAUGCAACAACUGCACCUACAGCUGUAGCGCCUGCAACAAUAAGAUUGAGGACCUCGCCAUCUUGACCGGAGACCAGGCCUUCUGCGCGACGUGCUUCCGCUGUAGGAAUUGCAAAAGAAAGAUCGAGAACCUGCGCUAUGCUAGGACGUCGCACGGUAUAUUCUGCAUGAACUGCCAUGAGUCGCUGAUGGCGAGAAGGCGCAAAAAAUCAAAGGCAGCCGCACAGGCGAAGCAACGGGAGAAGGACGCCUCCCCGAUGAUCACAGACAAAUCGCUGCCCGCGUUGCCGCCCAACGCCGUCCCCCCGAACAACGCGUUCAUCAACACCGAACGGGCGACCCCCGACUCCGACACGCCAACAGAGUUGUCUCCACGCCCGCGGGCCGCCUAUGGAAUAAAUGAGUCCUCUUCUCGGAGCAGCUCGAGACCUGAUCGUUCCCCCGAGCGGGGGCAAGAGUCCGGCAAGGAAUCAUCCCUCGCACCGUCCGGGUCAACGUACAGGCACAACCGGAACUCAACCAUCUUCGCUGGGAAUCUAGACAACGGGGACUCGGACGGGGGCUUCUUCAUCCCGGUUGCGCUCGACCCGAGCCCUGGGCCAGCAUUGACCCCGCAGUCCAUGUCGGAUGCCUUUCCCGAGCCGAACAGGAGGACCAAGGAUAGGGACUAUUUCUCCUCUGCGAAGCCGGCUGCGGAGAAGAGAACUGAUUCCCAGGCGUCGACGCCGCACAUUGCGUUCCAGGAAAAGCCGAGGCAACCAUCUUCGGAUUACGAGGCACCUCAGCCACCUCAACACGACCGGCCGGGGCGGAAGCUUUCCAAAAGAAACGGAAACCCCAAGGCCUCACCUGGUGCCGAGGACGGAAAGGGGUCUAGCACGAAGACGCAGCCAAGUGAAGAGUUUAGGCUGCAAGACGCCCCAAGGAACAAGAGGCUUGGUAAUUCCAGGAGCAACUCCUUGUCCAGCAACUCGCUGGAUGUGCCUACUCCCGCCAAAGCACCCCCGGCCCCUCCACGAAACCGGGAGGCUCCCUCCAACGCUACAAACGUCGACCCCCCCCGUCAGUCCGGGGCGGUGGACAAGGCCUCUCCCCCGAGGCCUUCACCGAGACCUUCGCAGGAUGCUCGACGGAGGGAUGAUGAUGUGGUGCGCCCCUCGCUUGACUCGGUGACUUCGACCCGGUCCGAGGCAGCGGCCGCACCGCCCAUCGCUAGGAAGGAAGUAGCUCAAAAUCAGGCACGAAAUGCCGUACCCGAGACAAAACUGAGCGACACGUACAUGCAGCCUAGGGCGCCACCUCAGCCUCCGUCUCAAGGCCCCAAGGAACCGACGACGUCUGUCAAUGAGGCGCCAGAGCCGAAAGUAUCGCCCAAGUUGCCGCGUUGGAGCUCGGGCGGGGAGUUCACCAUGGAUGAAGACAUGGCAAGAAUACUGGGCACCGACGAGGGGUCGUCAUCGAUCCUGCGGCGGGUUUCGAACGCCGUCCGUCACGGGAGAAACAACAGCGCAGAGACGAUCAGCAACAGCAACAGUCAUAACAGGCUUGGACACAGCAGGAGCGUGAGUGAGACGACUCGGGGAACUGCAUCCCCCCGUUGGCCACGCACUCCAAUCGCCGAGGAUCCAGAUGGCUCCCAGGAUACCGGCAGCACCGCUUCGGCAUCCGGGGUCGGGCACGACGAUUCGGCGCUCCUGAAACGGCAGCUGAGAAGCUCGGAGCAACGCGUGGCGGAGCUCGAGCGGCAGUUCAACACGGAGAAGGACCUGAAGAGUUUGAAUAAGAAACUCGUCGAGAAGAGGAAGACUGUUUCCGUGUUGGAUACACAGACUGAGAUCAUGAUCCGUCAGAUCGAGGUACUCGCCGGGUAUGUGGAGCGCGCGAAGAAGACCAACGAGCCCAUUGAUGCCCGGGAGCUGGAGGAGUCAGCAAUCAAAGAGUUCGUGCAGAAGCUUGACAAGGUCAAGCAGAACAUGACGGUGGCCAUUGAGCAACUUCACGCCGAACGGGACGAGCUCUUGGAAGAGAAAGCACAGGCAAUUGAGGACCGGGACCAAGCGCUACUAGAAUUUGCGCAGCUUUCGUCCAAAAAUGCGCAGCUGGCCGAUAUGAACAAUGAUUUGACGCACCAGAUUCAAGAAAGAUUCAAAUCACAAAUCAACAAUGGCGAACUAAGGAUGCCGCCCAACGGUCUCGGUAUAUAUGGUCACGCCAAGGGAGUAUCAUCGGCGUCUGUCAACUUGGACGCUGUCAGUCUGCAAACAGGGACAACCAUGGUCGGCACCGAUGCGGAGGAACCCGUCCUGGAGGGGCCCACGGUGGUCAACAUGCGGAAGGGCCAAGUGAAGAAAUUCAACUGGAAGAAGGGUUCCAGUAAGGUUGCGCAUAACAUUUCCAAGGGGAUCAAUCGCGCCGCAGGUGCCUUCCAGCAACAGGAGCAACAAGCUCGGGCGCAACAGCAGAACAACUUGACGGGCGAUAGUAUUGGCCUCCCUUAUAAUAUGACGGUCGCCCAGGUUGAGUCGCCAGUCACCACCAUGGCCCCUCCUGGCGGGCCCAUCAACCGGGUCGGAACCGAGAGCCAGCGACAGGGAUUCGGCUUCUUCAGCAAGAAGCAGGGUAACAACAUGCCCAAGUCGAUUUCGGCCACCAAUAUCUCCAGCACACCUGCUCCGGCCGAAGCGCCCAGCACCCUGUUUGGCUCCGAUCUGGUCGAGCGGGCCGACUUUGAGCGCCGCCAGAUACCUAGUGUGGUUACGCGCUGCAUUGAGGAGGUGGAGUUGCGGGGGAUGGACGUUGAGGGUAUCUAUCGCAAGACGGGUGGCAACUCCUUGAUCAACACAAUCCGGGAAGGGUUUGACAAGACGGAGGAUUUUGACAUCUCGGACCCUGCCCUGGACAUCACCGCCGUUACGAGCGUGCUGAAGCAGUACUUCCGCAAGUUGCCCACACCACUGCUCACAUUUGAGGUCUAUGACCGGAUCCUGGAGUCGAACACGGUGCAAGAUGAGACAGAGCGCUGCAGCCACCUGAGGAAGACGGUGAACAUGCUCCCUCCGAAACAUCGGGACUGUCUCGAGUUCCUCAUGUUCCACCUGGUCCGGGUGGCGAGCCGGGAGCGCGAGAACCUGAUGUCUCCCAAGAACCUUGCCGUCGUCUUUGCGCCCACCAUCAUGAGAGACCACAGCCUGGAGAAGGAGAUGACCGACAUGCAUGCCAAGAACCUGGCCGUGCAGUUCCUCAUUGAGCACAGCCAUGUCAUCUUUGGCGAGGCAUAA